CUAGUUAUAACAAGUCUCUGGGAAAAACCUGUAUUACCUAUACUGACUCAUUCUUAAACCUACCCUGAUUAUCUGCCUUAGUUUCCCGUUCGACUCUGUUUGCAACUUUUGUGUGUUCCUUGUAGCAGUUGUAGAAUACUGUCGAUUGAUCUCCUCAGGUUCUUUUUAAACUCUUUUUUGUUUUGUGAUAAUUAGACAUGAAUCGCGAGCGCGAAAUUAUAUCAGUACGCGGGAGAAACAAAUUUGUGUCUGACGGUUUUUCAUACACAUUUGAUAAGCUAAGUAAAGACGGCCUAACAUCAUUUUGGAGGUGCACCAAUAAAGAUGAAUGUAAGGCGAGAUUACAUACAAGGAACAACGAGGUGGUUAAAUUGCUCAAUGUACAUAAUCACGAUGCUUCUGCGUCAAGCAUUGAAGCAGCUGAAAUUGUUACCCGUAUCAAGGCACGUGCUGUGAACACCCAAGAAUGUACUUCACAAGUUAUCAACGAGUGCAUCACCGGAAUAUCUCAAGCAGCAAUGGCUUCUCUUCCACAACUGGGAGCUCUCAAGAAAACUGUAAGACGCAAGAGAAAUGAAGUUAAUGCAGCCCCUCCAGCACCACUGAAUUUGCAAACGCUACAAAUUCCAGAUGAAUUCAAAAUGUAUGCAUUUGACAAUGGAAUAGAAGAAAAUUUUUUGUUAUAUGACAGUGGACCGGAAGAAAUGAGGAUAUUGAUUUUUGGUCGUCGACAGAAUUUACACAUUUUACGUAGCAGUGAUACCUUCUAUGGCGACGGCACCUUCAAAACAGCUCCACAUUUGUUUUCGCAAAUUUAUACUAUACUUGGACGACUUCAUGGUGGAGUGCAUCCAAUCAUAUAUGCCCUUUUGCCAAAUAAACAGGGCGCUACGUACGUGAGAUUGUUUCGAGCAUUAAUAGAAUUAGAGCCCAACUUUCAACCUCGAUCGUAUUCCUGCGAUUUUGAAGCAGCCGCCAUUACUGCAUUUCAAGGAUGCUUUCCCGAUGCAAAUAUAUUCGGUUGCUAUUACCACCUAACUCACAACGUAAAGAAAAAAAUUUGUGAAUUAGGAUUGAUUCAAAACUACAAUAAUGAUGCUAAUUUCUCCUUGCGCGCAAAAAUGGUACCCGCGUUGGCCUUUGUUCCAAUAAACGACCUGGAAAACGCCCUUGAUGCUAUUUCGGAAGCUCUUCCCGAUGAUUUGCAACCCUUGGUAGAUUGGUUUGAGGACAAUUACAUCGGUCGCAGAAAUCGUAGAGGGCUUGGCAGGCGUCCAGCCCUGUUCGGACCAGAGACAUGGAAUCUGCAUCAAAGAGUGUUAGACGGCGAAGAUCGUACGAACAAUUACGCCGAAGCAGCGCACCGUAGGCUUACAAUAGAAUUGGGAAUGGAGCAUCCAACCAUUUGGAAAUUCAUUGUUGCCUUAAGAAAAAUUCAGAUUGCAAGGGACGUUCGCUAUGAACAACUCCUUGCUGGUCAUCAACCAUCACCAAAAAAACGCAAAUAUAGGGAAAUUGAUAACCGUAUUUCCAGACUUAUUUUAAACUACAAUAAUGAUAAUAUACUUGAAUUUCUGCGUGGGAUUGCGCACAAUUAUGAAUUACAUUAAGUUUUUUGUAACAUAUAUUUAUGUAGGUACAUAUGUUUAUUCGUGAUAAUUAAAUAGGUACCUUUUGCGUGCAAAAUGACUAGCCACUUUCCUUUAGUAGCUUAUUCCUUGUUAUAAGUUGCUUUUAUUUGCUGUGCAUAGCAGUGAUAUCUGGAGGUCGUUUAUAGUUACUAUGUCUUAAAUGGAUUAAAUGUGCCUAUUCUGGGGCAGAUAUGAAUCAUGCUAUUGUUUUGUUUGGACAGGCGAUAUACCUACUAAACAUCAACAAAUAACUGAAGAGCACUUUCUACUUCAAAGGCGAUUACUUGCAUUAUUAUGAAAGUAAAAGAAAGUCCAAAAGGAAAAAGUUUUGCACACUUUCAACCAGUAGCGUAGGAAUAAUCUUCAUAUCCACCUCAUUGUGCACAUUGUGCAAUGCCGAGUGCUAAACAUUCAUGCUGCCUAAAUGUCUCCCUCACAACCCACAUGUUUCUGCGCCAAAGUGUCCCCGCG